AUGUAAAAGAAAAAACUCUAAUUCCCAUAAAUUAAAGACUUUGAGAUAAUGGAUAGAAUUCAAUCUAAGAAACAAAUUAGAACUAUUCCUUAUUCUCAUAGUCAAUCCAUCUAGGAAGAGGAAGAACAUUCCUCUUUAUCUUAGAUAAAUAUAUAUGGACACUCUAAACCUUCUUUUUUAAUGACAUUUCCUCAAUAACCAAAAGAUUGUUAAGGUAGUGAAGAAAUUAAAGCUCCUACUAUUAUAACUAAUCUCAUAUCCAAUAAAAGUCAAGAAUAACUUCCAAAUAAAAAGGAUUGUAGAAAAUAGCAGCAUUUUAAUUAUUUAGAUGAAAGCUCAUAGUUUUCAUCUAAGAUAAAUUCAGUAUAUAUAAAUAUUAAUCAUUUUGUAGAUACGUUCAGUUUUUGAAGAUUAAAAAUCUAUGUAAAUCAAUUAGGAUAGAGUUAAAUUACUGGUUAAUCAAAUGAAAGUUAAAUUUUUGAAUUUAAUUCAUUAUUCAAAAUAUAAUGAUCCUAUUCUAACACAAGAAUAUUAGGAACGUAAUACUGAAUUUUUAUCAAAUUUUAGUUUCGCCCCUUAAAUAUCAUUAUUUUACAAUGUAUAUAUUUUUAUCCACUACCUUAUCAAAUGUACUUUCAUGUAUUUUUAUACCACUUGUUUAAUUUUUUGAAGUCUCUUAACUUAUUUUAAUUAUUUCUUAAAUGAUAUAUGGAUUAACUAUUAUAACCAUUUUUUAAGAUUUACUCUUUUAAAGAGGUCCUUAUAAAUUGUAAAGGGGAGUUAUAAAAGUCGAUUAUAAAGAUAGCAAAAAAUUAUACCUUGAUAUUUUAAGACUUUUCUUUUUAUCUUUUAGCACUCUCAUUGAAAUAGAUCAUAAAGCAAAAUUAGUGACAGUCUUAUUCAUGAUGUUACUAUAAUUCAUAAGAUAAGUGGAAAUAUUUGAAAACAUCUAUAAAUCAACUCAUCAUUUAAUUUUUAUUCUUUAACUGUGGAUAUCAAUCAUAAUAUCCUUUGCUUGUAUUUAUUAAGGUAUAUAUAUGAAAUAAUAAGAGUUUCUCAUUAAGAAGAAGAUCCAAACCUCUACUUUUGUAUUACUCUUGCUAUUUCUCUACUAACUCAUUGUUCUAAUAUAGGUAAUACCAUAUAUAUAACACUUUAGAGAUUUAAGUCACUAAUCAAAAUGCAUUUCUAAUAUCAUGUUACAUGAUUAUAUCCUAUUUUUGUUUAGCUUAUACAACAAUGAUAGUAUAUAUUUGGAUGAAACCAGAAAUAGAGAUUGAAGAGGAGAAAUAAAAGUUACUCAAAGGAUUUGUUGAAAGAUUUAGAGAGAAAUGUGAAAAUGAUGGUCUUUUAAGAAGAUGUUACUCUUAUUUGGAAUUUAGAAUAGAUGUAAAUAAAAUUGUAAAUAUUUUAGGAAGAUCUUAAUAAAACUAAAGAUCAAUUAACAAAGAAACUAAGUCCUGAAUUAGAGGAUGAGAUAGAUUUAUCUUUAAGAUCAACAAUGAUAGAUAAAAUUGAAUUAUUGAAUAGAUUUUCACCUUAAUUCAAAUAAUAAUUGGUUUAUGAAAUUGAAUAAGUUACAUUUAAUCCAGAAGACAACAUUAUAAUUGUACAAUUUAUAUAAAUAUUAUUAGGAACAUUAAAUAGAAGAUCUAGGAUUAUUUUACAUAUUAAAAGGAUAAGUAAAGGUUUAGUUUUUAGGUUCAUCUUUUGGUAAUAAUAAGAGAGCAGUUACAACUUUAUAUGAAGGGUCAACUUUUGGAUAAUAUUCAUUUAUAACAGGAAUUCCUUCAAAUAUUAGUAUUUUCAGUUCUGGAGUUACCACAUUGAUGAAAAUAAAGAGAUCUGAUUUCAUUUAGAUAAUAUCUAAUUAUCCAUAAGACAAUGAAAUAUUUUGUACACUUAAAGAUAAUGCCUUCUAUAAUUAAAAGUUAUUUGAAUGUUAUUAUUGUAAAAUAAGAGGACAUUAUAUUGUAGAAUGUAGACAUUUAUAAUAUUUCCCUUAAAGAAUAAAUGCAAUAGAAAAACAUCUAUAUACAGAAAAAUAAUAGAGAAAGUAAUUCUCAAGAAGGUUAAGAAAAUAUUUUGCUUGGCAAGAUAUGAAUUUAAAUCAGGAUAAAGCUAGACAAUAUGCUAAUAAAUAAAGUUAAGAAUAAGUUUCAGAUGAUUUACCAGAAACAUCUUAGUUACCUUAUUCUGAAAGUAAAGAAUAAAUUUAUAUUAGAUUAAACAUAUUAAUCAGUAAGUUUUGUUAGUAAUUCUUUGGCAUAAAAAAAUUACAGUCCUGAUUAAUGUCGAUCAGGAAGCAAUGUUGAAAGUUUAGAUUAAUUUAAUAUUGAAUAAGAAUGCUCAGAUGAAUAAACUAUUCAUAUUCAAGAACCAUAAAUUAAAAGUAUUAGAAAGAAUUCUAAUAAAACAACCUUGAAAACAGCAGGAUUUCCUAUUAAUGUUGAACCAAAUAACCUCACAAGUGUAGGGAAUAAUAUAUCAGUUAUAGAAAAAGAUGAUAGAGAUAUUAUAAAUUAAUUGUAAGAGGCAUAAUUGAACAAAGAUAAAACCAUACUUUUCCCUGCAGGUCGAAGCAAUAAUUAAAUCAAAGCCAAAUUUUAAUAUCUUAAAGAAUCAUCUUAAGGAAACUUAUUAAAAGAGGAUUAAAUUAAGACUGAUUCUUAUCAAUAAUAAUAAUAAUAAUAAUAACAAUAAUAAUAAUAAUAAUAAUAAUAACAACUAUCUCAUAAUACAUUAAAAUAAUCAAUUAGACAACCUUCAAAUAGAUCAUAUACAUAUUCUAAUUCUUUAUCAAAAGAUAUCUCUAAUAAUCCUUCAUCCCAUUCCAAAUAAAAUAAAUCAUAAAAAUUAUCCAUUUUAUCUAGUUAAAAUAGACUCUUUGAAUAGAAUGUACUUAAGAAAUAAAAUAGUUCUAAAUCUCUAAGUGAUUAAAACAAAUAAAAUAGAAGUAGAAGUUUUAAAUCAGCCACUAGACAAAGCACUCCUAAUUAAAUGUCCUAGUUCCAAGCUAUAGCUACCCCAGAAGUAAUAUAAAUUCUUAGAAUAGAAUCAAGGAUAUUUCAUUAAUGAUUUGUUAUUCAAUAAAUUCGAAACAAUGCAGGAGUACAAAAUCUAUUAUCCUCAUAAUAAUUACAAUUAAGUUAUAAAUCGCUACAUUAGAUUCUUAGAUUCUAACAGAAAAAACUAUUUCAAAAGAAAAAAGUUAUAUAAUAGUACUCCUUAUUCGAUUAAAUGCUUUGUUGCGUCUAAAAUUAAAAGAGUAAAAAAGCUAUUAUAAAACUGA